UCGCCUUUAAGAAUGGCUUCAGAAGCCCACACCUGGCAAUCACUCCCCCAACCGCCCUGCCCCUCCACGGCAGGUUGCAUUUGGGAAACUCUCCAGUCGGUCAUUAGAGGAAUGAGCCGAGAGUGAGCCGUUCAUCAGCUCGCCAGCGCUUGGUGGAAAGCAGCAAGCAAGGAUGGAUGUGGACAGCCUUCUCUUGAAUGGAAGCAACAUGACGGCUCCCUGCGAACUGGGGAUCGAAAACGAGACGCUUUUCUGCUUGGAUCAGCCCCAUGCUUCCAAAGAGUGGCAGCCAGCCGUGCAGAUUCUCUUGUACUCCUUGAUAUUCCUGCUCAGUGUGCUGGGAAACACGCUGGUCAUUACGGUGCUGAUUCGGAACAAGAGGAUGAGAACGGUCACCAACAUCUUCCUGCUCUCCCUGGCUGUCAGUGACCUCAUGCUCUGCCUCUUCUGCAUGCCAUUCAACCUCAUCCCCAACCUGCUCAAGGAUUUCAUCUUUGGGAGCGCUGUCUGCAAGACCACCACCUAUUUCAUGGGCACCUCUGUGAGUGUCUCCACCUUUAAUCUGGUAGCCAUAUCGCUGGAGAGAUAUGGUGCAAUUUGCAAACCCUUACAGUCCCGCGUCUGGCAGACAAAAUCCCACGCUUUGAAGGUGAUUGCCGCUACCUGGUGCCUCUCCUUUACCAUCAUGACUCCGUACCCGAUUUAUAGCAACUUGGUGCCUUUUACCAAAAAUAACAAUCAGACCGCGAACAUGUGCCGCUUUCUACUGCCAAAUGAUGUCAUGCAGCAGUCCUGGCACACCUUCCUGUUACUCAUCCUCUUUCUUAUUCCUGGAAUUGUGAUGAUGGUGGCGUAUGGAUUAAUCUCUCUGGAACUUUACCAGGGAAUAAAGUUCGAUGCUAGUCAGAAGAAGUCUGCUAGAGAAAGGAAACCGCGCCCCGACAGCGGCGGCAGAUACGAGGACAGCGAUGGGUGCUACCUGCAGCGGCCCAAGCCCCCAGGGAGGCUGGAGCUGCAGCAGCUGUCCACCAGCAGCAGCGGCAGGCUCAGCCGCGUCCGGAGCAGCAGCCCCGCCGCCAGCCUGAUGGCCAAGAAGCGGGUGAUCCGCAUGCUCAUGGUCAUCGUGGUUCUCUUCUUCCUCUGCUGGAUGCCCAUCUUCAGCGCCAACGCCUGGCGGGCCUUUGACACCGCCUCUGCCGAGCGCCGCCUCUCCGGGACCCCCAUCUCCUUCAUUCUCCUGCUCUCCUACACCUCCUCCUGCGUCAACCCCAUCAUCUACUGCUUCAUGAACCAGCGGUUCCGCCUCGGCUUCAUGGCCACGUUCCCCUGCUGCCCCAACUCUGGGCCCCCAGGAGCGAGAGGGGAGGCGGGGGAGGAGGUGGAGAGCAGGACCACCCGGGCCUCUCUGUCCAGGUGCUCGUACAGCCACGCGAGCGCCUCCGCCCCGCCCCCGUGAGCUGUGCCCUGGCCGCCAGCGCCAAAGCAUGGAGCGGGGACCGAGGGGGGCAGCAGAGAAGGAGGAAAAGAAGAAAGCAGGAGGAAGAAGAGGCAGGAAGUGAAGGAGAAGGAAGGCGCCAUCCCCAGUGGGAACUAUUCCUUGUCUGCUUGGCAUCCUUCAUCCGGGUGCCAGGGGAACACUACUAGGGCGGGGCCGGGACUGGGUUUCCGGGCAGCUCCAGGCAGGCAGUUUCCAUACCAGUCACCAUUAGAAAAACCUCAGCAGGCCAGUCACAGGAGUCCAACAGGACUCCUCCUGCACAUGCAAUUGCCAAGCACGUGUUCAAACUGGGACGUGGACCCUACUGAGCUUUAGAAGUGGGGCUUUAAGUGGGCUCUCACUCCCCAUAGGGACACCCUUCUGUGCACUGCUGCUUCUGCUGAUGCAAAAUUUGGGGGGCUACUUUGCCCCUAGGGAGUCCAUCACUCUUUCACGUAUAUUCUAUAGCCACCCACCUCAUCAUGACCACAAAUGGGAACACAAAGCAAAUCCUCUUCCGGCCAUUUUCUGUAGUAAAAGAACAGCCUGACUUGUUCUCCUUGAGGUGGGUCAGGGGCAUUCAGAGACAUAAGUUUAUGUCGUCAUCAGAACAGCAUAUGGAAAGUUGUCUAAACGAUGGAAUUUGGAACUUACAUUUCUGAAAAGAAAAGAGUAUGUGGCAAGUAGCUGGAUGGAAUGCUGUCUUAGCAUAGGGAAUGUUAAAUGCCAGAGGGGGCAGAGAAAUAUUUUUCUACUUUAAUAAUAUAUAUUGCUUAACUCCACCUUUAUAUAGUGAUACGAAACCCCGUGGCUUCUUUGCCUCAUCUUAAUUUCUCAUACUCAUCCUCUUUUCUGGAAAGACCUCCAGGUACAAAGGAGAGCUGUAACCUAUGUGCACCUGGCCAAGCUGGAAACAGGUGGAGCCAGGCCCAGAAUAAAAACUGGCAUACUUGGACUCAAUUAACGAGUAGUUUUUGAAAGUCAAAGGCUGUAUAUGCCUUUAAAUACAAUCUAUGUGUUUGUUAAUGUUCAUAGUAAUUUUAUGUGUAUGUGGAAUAUGAACAGAGAAGUAUGUUCUUUACAUAUAGAUAUACUCUUCGGUGUGUUUAAAAAAAGAAUAGUGGAUGGAGGUUGGAAUUCAGAAAGUGUUAUCAUUCUACAUUCCUCUACAACGGUUGGAGUUUCAUGAACUUCUUUUCCUUGCAAAAUUGGUGUUGAAAGCUCUCUCUUCCAAUGUAGAAUCUCAACUUAAAAUAAGACAUGAGCUGUACAUUUAGAUACAAGGAAGUGCAUUUCUAGAACAGAAUGUGUCAAUCCAGUCUACCAGCCCUCCUCCCUCCCUCCCCACCACUUUCUUUCAUAGUUUUCAUGCCUCCAAGCAUCUGAGAGGUGAGCUUUUCUUUUUCCUGUUUUCUUGGGUACAUGACCACCCAUGGAUCCAUGCCUGACAGACACUCUUUGUGGUGCACAAGGGCUAAUGAUUUCAAUUAUCAAAAAAAAAUCAAUAUGGAAAAGGGAGGGGCAGAGAGUGGCAGGAAGUGAUCAUGAAUAGGGGAAGGGACGUUGUAUAAUUUAACAAGAUGUGAGUGUUGACAUUUGUUGUUUUUUUGCGGGUUGGGGGGAUAAAGUGUUAACAGAGAAGAAAUUAUUGAGGAUGUGAACAUAUGUUAUAGGUUACUUUUCAAGCCAGAUGUUAGUUUUUCUAUUCCUCAGACUACAAUCUUAUUUAAAUAAUUCUAACCAGUCAUCUCUGUCAAAAAUUUCAAGGUAAAAAUUCAUCUGACUAAAAUGUGCACUGCUAAAAUAGUAAUGAUAAAAGGUGUAAGAAAUGAAGAUGUCUCCAAUAUUUGAGUAAAUCCUACAAAACCUACCAUUUUCCUGCCAGAAGAAUAAGCCUUCCCCUCUGACAGUGUUAGCAUAUAAAUGAAGCUAAAUUAGCCUCUUUGCUCCCCACACCUUAUUGGAAACCUUUGGAAAUUCCAAAGGUAUGUUAACCUAAAAAUAAGGUUGCCAGAUCUAGCAAAUAAAAUACAGGAUGUCCGGUUAAAUUUUAAUUUCAAAUAAACAAUUAAUAAUUUUUUUCAGUAUGAGUAUGUCCCAUGCACCAAAAUAUAUCUUAUAGUUUAUCUGGCAACCCUACUUUAAAAUAACUUUAAAAGCAUGUAAGAAUAUAAACAAGUUUUCCCCAAUAUAAUAUAGAGCAAUAAAAUGCCUCUGUUCACUAAAUUUAUUAGAAAGUCUUUCACAUAAUGGAAGCUUUUUCUAAAAAGAAGAAAAAUGCUAUUAACUUUCAGAAUCUGUGCCUGACCUUUGGAAAUGGUACUAUCAAUAGGCUGAUUUUACUUUAAAGAAAAAAAUGUUUUUAACAUAAAGCUAUUCUAGUACUUUGUUGAGUCAAUUGCCUUUAUUUCAUGGUAAACUGAAUUCUUAAAUUUGAAAUAAAAUGACCAAUAGAGUUAAGAAAAUAGAUUCACCAAGUUUCUGGUAUUUUCUAGUGUCUUCUGGUAGCUUCCAUUCAUCACCAGAGUGGUAAGUUUGAACCUGAACACUGAAAUGUAUCUUUGAUUUUUACUUAGCCCAUGUGUCCCAAUGGCUUCUCAUGCCCUAGUUACUUCGGUAAACUCUCAUGAUAACUUGCAGUGGUGAAUAAGAAAUGCAUGUGUCUAGAUGUUAGUUAUACAUGUUCGUGUGUGUAUCUUCUCCAUUCAUGUAAAAUGUAAUCAUGAGGUGAGCGACAGUAGCUGUUGAAUCUCCACUGUAUUUCCUUCCAGUGCUUUGCCCGGUACUCUGUACAC